AUGUCAACCACCGGUACCUACCGCGGCAACCCCAACAAGGGGAGGGGCGGAAUCCCCUCCUACAACAGCCCAUCCGGCAUCCCGCGUCCGUCUGAUCAUCAGAGCGAGGUCGGCGGCAGCUCGACGCUGAGUGCGAGCCGCGCGAAGCAGUCGAAGCGCGAUGAGGCCAUUCGCAAGAAAAUCGAGAAUGACCUGAACAAGAAGAGAGCCCCCACCAGCCGUCUCCAGCGCGCGCGCAAAGCGCCGCCGGGGACUGUUCUUGCCCUGAAGCCCAGCUCCGCUCUCCAGAUCAAGCCGCAUACGACGGUCGCCGAGGCCGCGCAGCUCAUGGCCGCGAAGCGCGAGGACUGCGUCCUGGUCACCGAUGACGACGAGCGCAUCGCCGGUAUCUUCACCGCGAAGGAUUUGGCUUUCAGGGUUGUUGGCGCGGGCAUCAAGGCUAGGGACAUCACGAUUUCAGAAAUCAUGACCAAGAACCCGCUCUGCGCGAAGACGGACACCAGCGCCACGGAUGCUCUGGAUCUUAUGGUCAGGAAGGGUUUCCGCCAUCUGCCCGUCAUGGACGAGAACCAUGACAUUGCUGGUAUUCUGGAUAUUACAAAGUGUUUCUACGAGGCGAUGGAGAAGCUGGAGCGCGCGUACAGCUCUUCAAGAAAACUCUACGAUGCCCUAGAGGGUGUCCAGGCGGAGCUUGGCUCGAGUCAACCCCAGCAGGUCAUUCAGUACGUCGAGGCUAUUAGGGCUAAGAUGUCUGGUCCUACGCUGGAAACGGUCCUCACUGGCCUUCCGCCCACUACCGUCUCUGUCCGGACGUCCGUUAAGGAGGCUGCUCAGUUGAUGAAGGAGAACCAUACGACCGCAGUCCUUGUGCAAGACCAGGGCUCCAUUACUGGUAUCUUCACCAGCAAGGAUGUUGUGCUCCGUGUCAUCGCCGCUGGCCUUGACCCAGAUAUGAGCAUCCAGGCUGCUCUGCGUAAGAUGCACGAUGGCCAUUAUCUCAACUUGCCCGUAAUGAGCGAUGCUGGCGAGAUCGUCGGCAUGGUGGAUGUGCUCAAGUUGACGUACGCCACGUUGGAUCAGAUCAACACCAUGUCGACGAAUGGGGACAGUGAGGGUCCAGCAUGGAACAAGUUCUGGCUCUCUCUCGACCACGAGUCCGAAUCAAUGGUCUCCGGCGAUGGCGGUAGCCUCCAUCCCCGCACGGAACUCUCACGAUCGCACGUCAUGUCUCCCGGCCUCGACCGUCACCUGGAUCGCGUGGAGAGUGUCAUGCCGAAUGAUUCUGCUUCGCACGUAGGCAUGGAGACGCCGGAACACUCCGUUGUUGCUCCUUCGCCGUCUAUGCCCAUUGAAGACAUGCCCUUCGCCUUCAAGUUCAAAGCUCCUAGCGGCCGGACCCACCGUUUCCAGGCCGUUCCCUCUGCCGGUCUCGGCGAAUUUGUUGCGCAAGUUACUGACAAGCUUGGCGCUGAAAUCGAGGCUGUUGGCGGCACUCCAGUUUUCGAGGAUGGUCACCUGAGCAACUCUGGCUUCGCUCUCAGCUACCUGGACAACGAGGGCGAUAGCGUCUCCAUCACUACUAACCAUGAUCUUCUCGAGGCUGUCAGCCUUGCUCACAUGCAUCACAGCGAGAAGGUCGACCUCUUCGUGCACCACCCCGAGCACCCGCCCCUUCCCAGCACAAUGGCUCCUCAGGGCGCGCCUUCAACUGCUACCCCUGAGCCCUCGGUUCGGGAGCGCAAGAAGCACAUCUCUUCUGACGAUGAAAGCGACGAGGAGGUGCAGCGCCGCAGGAGGAGGAAGCAGCAACCCGCAGCUCCGGAGCAGGUCAUCCAAGGCGUCCCCAACGAGCUGCUCCUGCCCGGCGCCAUCGUCACGCUGGCGGUGGUCAUUGUCGGAGUGUUCGCUCUCGGCCGUGCUACCAGCCGGUAA